AUGGCAUCAUCGUCGUCGAAUGAUCUUGGCGUGAAUGAACACCACGAACAAAUAAUUCGUCAUUAUGUACGAUUUUCUCACGAGCAGAAAACUGUCGGUUUACGCUCAUUUCGUUCAUCAGCCGACGAUUUCAAAAGUCAACGCUUGUCAGACGAAGCCAUGAUGACUGUAAAUGAAGUGAAUGAUCUCCUGGAAGAAUUCAUUGAUGUACUAGAAAAGGAAUUUGAACAAGAGUUAACACAUCAAUAUCGUGUUAAUGCUCUCCUUAUGAAACAAUUAUUUCAACAAGCUGAACAGUGGUUUUUGAAAUUAAGUCCUAAUUUCGAUCAAUUGGAAAAUCGUCGUUUAAUCGAUCUGAUUCGCGAUUACGAACAACAACAACAAAUAAAUACCAGGAAAUCCAAAGGCUAUAAGGAUAUGAAUGCACUGAUGGAUCCGAUCAAUGAUACGAAAUCAACGAUACUUCUGAAAACUGAAAUCCAAAAAUUACAACAACUGAAUGAACAAUUGAAGACUCGUUUACUUCAAUAUGAAAAAGAUGAUGACUUGUUGAGUCACCAGUUAGAAGAAAAUACACGAUUACAUUUGAACAAAGAAGCGUCGUUUACUCAGCAGAUUCAGAGUAACGAAAAACGUUUGCAAGAUGUUCAACACGCAUUGUCAUUAGCUGAAAAUGAAUUAGAUAAAAAGUUCAAUCAAACAAAUACAUAUUUGAAUAUGAAGAAAAUGAUCGAUCAAAAAAAUCAACAAAUUCGAGAAUUACGACAACAAUUAGCGCACAAUCAUCCGGAUGAAGAUGAAAAUGAUUAG